GCAUCGUCGAAUUCCAACAUAUGUUGCACGUGUUGUUGCCUCCCCAUCUGUUGUAGCACCCCAACGUGCUUUCCCGUGAGUCAAACAGCUACAGUGGUAUCCCACAUCGAACUAUAAGGGCUCCGGCUUGAUCUGUCCUGGUCCCUACGGAAGUCCGUAUCUAUCGUCACCAUGGCUGCCGCUGCCGCUCCGCCAGAGACGGUCCACCUCCUCCCUGGGUCGACGAACCUGCCUCUCGCCGGCUUUCCGCCGCCGGCCGAUGCCACGUCCGCAGAUGCCGAGUCCGAGGCGCGCGCGGCAGUCGAGGCACUGAAUGCAGCUAUAUCCACGGCCAAUUUCGAGGCAGUGUCUCGGCUGUUUGCCCGCACCGGCUACUGGCGCGACCAUCUGGCACUUUCGUGGAAUUUUCGCACCGUCAAAGGAACCGACGGCAUAUUGGCCUUUUUGAAGCAUUGCGCCCAAUCCAAGGAUGGUUUCCGGCUAAGGCGGCUUGAGCUAGACACCGCGGGCUCGCCGGUGAGGCGGCCAAUGAUGAUGCCAAUAGAUGGCGGAGCCGGCGUCAACGGCAUCCACGCCUUCUUCCGCUUCGAGACUGCCACCGGCGCGGGCGAGGGCACCUUGCGCCUAGCACUUGAAGACCGAAAAUGGAAAAUUUACACAAUCUAUACCUGCCUGCAAGAGCUCAAUGGUUGUCAAGAAGAGACCUUUGCUCGCCGACCCCUUGGGGUUGAGCAUGGAGGCCGCACUGAUGGCAAGAAUUGGGCCGACCGGCGGGCCGCACAGGUAUCUCUUGAUGACGGAAUCGAGCCUCCUGUGCUCAUAGUUGGGGCCGGGCAGGCAGGUUUAACCGCAGCGGCCAGACUUCAGGUUUUGGGUGUCAAAGCAUUGAUCAUUGACAGGAACGGCCGCGUGGGAGACAACUGGCGCAAAAGAUAUCACCAACUUGUGCUGCACGAUCCCGUGUGGUAUGACCAUAUGCCGUACCUCAGCUUUCCACCUCAAUGGCCCGUCUUCACCCCCAAGGACAAGCUUGCACAGUUCCUUGAGUCAUACGCAGACUUGAUGGAGCUGAACGUCUGGACGAACACAGAACUUGCAAACAGUCAAUGGAAUGACAAAGAGGGCGCUUGGACGGUGAGCGUCACGCGGAAACUCGGAGAUGGGUCAACGCAAACGCGAGAGCUUCGUCCACGUCACAUCAUCCAGGCCACGGGUGCCUCUGGAUUGAAGAGCCAGCCGACUUUCAAGGGCGCAGAGACAUUCAAGGGAGACGUGCUCUGCCACUCGUCUGAGUUCUCCGGCGCACGAGAGGGCUCUGUUGGAAAGAAAGCCGUGAUCGUGGGCUGCUGCAACUCCGCUCAUGACAUCGCCCAAGACUACUUGGGAAAGGGCUAUGACGUGACCAUGGUGCAGCGGUCAAGCACGAAUGUGGUGUCUUCUAAAGCAAUCUUGGACGUUGCAUUCAAUGGUUUGUACGCGGAAGACGGCCCACCGGUCGACGACUCGGACAUGAUUGUACAGGGGAUGCCACUCGCCGUGCUCAAGGCCGUGCAGGUCAAGGUCGCCGCGCUUCAAAGGGAGCACGACAAGGAAAUGCUGGACGGCUUGGCUAAAGCUGGCUUCAAAGUUGAUUUCGGCCCGGACGAUGCGGGCCUAUUCUUCAAGUACUUCCAGCGUGGCGGGGGAUACUACAUCGACGUUGGCGCUGCCAAGCUCAUUGCCGACGGCAGCAUCAAGAUCAAGCAGGGCCAGGAGAUUUCCGAGUUUCUCCCCAGCGGCAUCCGAUUUGCGGACGGAUCCGAGUUGGACGCGGACGAGAUCAUUCUCGCUACGGGGUACGACAACAUGAGCACACAGACGAGGGUCAUGUUUGGCGACGACGUGGCAGACAAGGUAAAUGAUGCCUGGGGCCUGAACGAAGAAGGGGAGAUGAGAAGCAUCUGGCAGAAGAGCGGGCACCCAGGACUCUGGCUUCACGGUGGUAACUUGGCCCUGUGCCGUUUCUACUCGAGGCUGCUGGCCCUGCAAAUCAAGGGGCUCGUGGAGGACCUGUACGCCUAUGGUGACAUUUGAGUCCAUGUCAGUCUGGCCACCGCCAUGCUACAAGAUGCGUAGCCGUUGAAUUACAGCACUCGUGAGCGGCGUCGUCUCCAUCUACAGUCUUUAUAAGCCGGUGUUCAGAGCCCUCUACUGUGUACAAUCAUAAAGAGUGUCUCAAGGCUGGCAUUGAUAUAUAUGCAAAAGCCACAGGUGUUCUCAGCACCAUAUCCAGAU